UAAUUAAUUUACAGGUUAUGUCGGGAAUUUUAUGAUUGUCAAAAAUCAUGUAAAAUUCACAACAUAGCAUUGUAAAAACAGUUUUUAAGUAGUAUUUACCUUAAAAGAUAUUAUAAUUCAUUAAUAAGUAAUUAGUAAAUGAUUUUUAAUUUAUAUUAAAUGGCUGAUAGUGAGUUAUAAAAAAAUAUAUAUAACCUCAAAAUUCGACAAUUUGGAUUUUGAAUUUUUUAUUAUUUUUUAUAUAAAAGGUGUAUUAAAUUUGUUGAAAAUUUAGAUAGAAUUAUAAACGAACAACAAUGUCAUCCUCGUCACCUAAUAAUUCGAAAGAUAAUAGCAAUGAUAAUGAAGAUAUUAGAUUUUUGCAAGAUAUUAUGGUCUUUUCAGACUCAAGUAGUUCAAAUUCAACAUCUAGUAGCGAAGGUGAAGAUUCUCAUCGUUUAAAAGUUCUUUGUGUUGGCUUAUGUCGCACAGAUAUUAUUCAAGUUUGUAAAGGAUUUCCAAAAGAAUGUUCCGAAUUAGAGAGUGUUGAUAUAAGAUGGGAAAGAGGAGGCAAUGCAUCAAAUACAUGCACUGUUCUAGCUCAAUUCGAUACUCCAGUCGAAUUUUUAGGUACACUAUCUAAUCAACAUUCCGGAUUAAAAAGUUUAAUACAAGAUAUGGAUGAACAUAAAAUUCGUCACGAUCAUUGUCCCAUUAAGCCAAACACAACUUGUCCCACUUCGUCUAUUGUAAUUAAUUCAAAUAAUUUAACACGCACAAGAUGGAAUUAUAAUCCUGAUCUACCUGAAUUAAAUGCAUCUGAAUUCAAAGCACUUCGUUUAGAAGAUUACAGUUGGAUACAUUUCGAAGGACGAAAUGUGGACAAUGUUUUGGAAAUGAUGCAAAUAAUACACAAACGUAAUGUAUUAAUAAGAUCGAAAGGAUUUAGAACACCAUAUUAUCCUAUUGUUAUUAGUCUUGAAUUAAAUAAAAAUCGUGAAGGAAUAUUUAAAUUGCUUCCAUAUGUGGAUGUGAUAUUUGUAGGGGAAAAUUUUAUGACUCCAGAUCAAUCGAAAAAUAUGACAAAAACAUUGGAGUACGUUUGUCAAGCUCAUCAAAAGCCAGGGGUAAUAAUAGUAUGUUCACGUGAUGAACGAGGAGCAUUAGGUCGUGCUCCAAAUGGAGAAUUUACUCAAUGUCCAGCGCAACAAUCGACAAAAAUUGUUGACAUAUACGGCACAAGUGACACAUUUAAUGCAGCAAUGAUUUAUUUUCUCAAUCAAGAAAAUAUAAGCCAUCGAAAUGGUUGGAGAAAAAUAAGUAUGGUGCCAGUUGAUUUCGAUAAAGAAAGUCCAUUGGAAUUUAUUUGUCCCGAUAUAUUGUAUCAGGCACUUGUUUUUGCAUGUCGUGCGUCAGGUGCCAAAAUGGGAUUCAAAGGUUUCGCUCCAUUGAGAAAUGUUUACAAGGGUCUCACAGUUCAUCAAGAAAUAAAAUUGUGAUAAUUUUUCAGCCCCGAGGUUAUAAAGGUGACAAAGAGGAAAAUUUCUUUUUCUUUUGUUUUUUUUUUUAAACGGUAAGAAUGCUUCAUUUUUUAUUAUUUCACAUUUUUUAUCUUUUUUUUUAAUAUAACCUCGGAGAAAGUGUAUAGCAAAAUGAUAAUUGCAAAGUACUGAUGAAAUCAAAGAUCAUGAGAGAUAAAAGAAUGAUAAUAGUAUUAUAUUGACAUAUAUAUAAAUAUAUAUAUAUAUAUAGGUGAUUCAAUUUUUAUAUUAUUGACUUAACAAGACAUUAUAAACAAAGUUCAAUGAUUGAUCAUUGAUAGUUUGCAAUUAUGUACAAUGCAUUUUUGAUAUUGAUUUUUUUUUAUAUAUAUAUAUAGUAUAAAAACAUUUAUAGUCCGCUAACUAAGUCAAUGCCUUUAUAUUGAAUAGCUUUUUAUUUAAUUUUGAAUACAACGCUUUUUUUUUUGUAAAACUUUUUUAAUACAAGUAGAUUUGUACAAUAUAUAUUUUUUUACGAUAAACUCUCGCGUCUUCGUUUAAAAUGAUUUCCGAGCGAGCAAAACUCAAGUGAUUUUAUAUUCGCAUUUUAUGAGUCGAAUAUAAAAUGACUAUUUUGUACAAAUGAAAUCUUCACGUCUUUUGAAUACUAUGUAUUCUAAUUUUAUAAGCCGACUGAAUGUGAAUGUCCUAAGAAGAAAAAAAAAAAAAAAAAAAAAGAAACAUUGUCCAAAAAGUCGUUUCUUAAAAUUGGAUAUCUAAAAAUAAAACGUAAAUUUUUUUUAUUCUUAAUUUUCUAAUAAAAAAUAUAUCUGUAAAAAAAAAAAAAAAACUUUUUAGGACACUUUAGAUUUGUUUUGUAAAAAUAAGGUAAAAAUGAAAAUAAUUUCCUAAAUGAUAGACGAAAAAUAAUAAAAGAAUACUCUUUCAAUGAUUUGAAUUCGUUUUUUUUAUUAUUGCUUGAAUUAUUUAACAUUCUAUUUUUAUUUAACUAUUUUUGAAGUGCCUAUUGCAAAAUAUAAAAAUUUUUUGAAUGAAUAAUAAAAAUCACAAGUAAGAAUACAACUCCUGCGGUCUUUAAACUUUAAAUAUAAUAAUCUAAAUUAUUAAAUUAUCUUAAAAUAGUAUCAUUCUUUUACAUUUAAAGCAUUUUUUUGUGUACACUAUUUUGAAUAUUUUACACAAAAAAGAAAAAUUGAAAAAAAACAAAUUUUAUUUAACACAUUUUUUUGAUAUUUUUAAAAUUAAAAUAUUUUGAAGAAAAAAAUUGCAUUAAAAAAGUAUAAAACUUUUCCAAUGAACACUCAUUCAGUCAUUCAUCGUAGUUUUUUUUUUUUUUUCAAUAGCGAUUAUACUAAGGAAAAAUAUUUUUUUUACACAGCUUUUUUUUUAUAUUUAUAAUAAUAUAAUAUUGUGCAAAGUCGAUAUGUUUUAUAGAAAAUGGUUAAACUUUAAUUUAACGUAUUCUAUUUGUUUCUAUAUCAAACAUUAAUUUUUUAUUAUUGCUUUUAAUUAAUCUUCAAACGCAUACGGAGAAAAACACAUUAUGUACAAGUGGUCAACAUUCAAUAGUAAAUUAACUUUGCUUAGGGACUAUUUUUUUUCGAAAUUAUUAAUAUUAUUCUAUAAUAAUAUAUUAUCAGUCUGCUUCAAGGCCACUGUCUACAAAAUCCAUUAUUUGAAAUGCCGCUUUAUAUGGUAGACACCUGGUAAAAAAAAAGUUGCAUUUUUUAGUUUUUUAUAGUUUAUUAAUUCGACGCGAAGCAUAAAAAACAUUUAAAUAUUUUUAAUUCAUUUAAUUUUUAAAU